UGCAAUUCUUUUCUAGUACAAGUCUAUCGACGAUUUUCAGACUUCACUCUUUUCCCGCUACACAAUUUCGACACUCUAGCUUCAAACCAAACAUAUUAGGGUUGCACAAAGGUUUUAGUUGCAGAGCAAUGGCCGGUUCUUCUUCUUCUUAUUAUUCUUCUUCUUCUUCUUCUUCUUCUUCAUUAUCUGGUCAAGCAAAAGAUGAAAUCAGUCUCAUAGAUAAAGAGAAUCAAAUAUUUGAAAGAUUAUUGCAAGUUCUUCAUCACUUUAAUCUCCAAACACAACUUCGUGUUGCUGGCGGUUGGGUUCGUGAUAAGCUUUUAGGGAAAGAUUGUGCUGAUAUUGAUAUUGCAUUGGAUGAUAUGAUGGGAAAAGAGUUUUCUGAAAAGGUUAAUGAAUAUUUAUCGUUUGCUGGGGAAGAGAUUCAAGGAAUUGCUGUUAUUCAAUGCAAUCCUGAUCAGUCGAAACACUUGGAAACAGCAAGGAUGAAAUUGUUUGGGGAAUGGAUUGAUUUUGUAAACUUGCGAUGCGAAACGUAUAAUAAAAACAGCCGCAUUCCUACUAUGGAAUUUGGUUCUGCUGAACAGGAUGCAUACCGAAGAGAUUUGACUAUCAACAGUCUGUUCUACAAUAUUAACAAGAAGUCAGUUGAAGAUUUUACUGGACGAGGUUUAUCAGAUCUAAGAUCUGGAAAGAUCGUGACUCCGUUACCUCCAAAGGAGACAUUCUUAGACGAUCCUCUACGAGUACUUCGUGCUAUUCGGUUUGGUGCAAGGUUCUGUUUUGAACUGGAUGAAGAGUUGAAGGAAGCUGCAGCUAGUGAUGAGGUUAGAGUUGCUCUUGCGGAUAAAAUCAGCAGGGAGCGCAUUGGGCAUGAAAUCGAUCUCAUGAUUUGUGGCAAACACCCAGUUCAAGCAAUGACCUACGUAUGUAGUUUGCAACUAUUUUGGGUUGUUUUCCCUCUUCCCUCCAAUUCAGCGCCUGCUGUUUUGGAAGGGUGUGACAGGCUCUGCAUCGCUUCUGUGGAUGCUGCAUGGAAUCUCUUAGAAUUAAUUGGAUGCACGGCUUUUACUGAUGAGCAAAGAAGGGUGUACUUAUAUUCAGCACUUUUUUAUCCUCUCAGAGAAAUUGUUUACAGAGACAACAAAGGCAAAAAGAUUCCUGUUGCAAAUUACAUCUUUCUGAAUUCUCUGAAGCUGAAAGUUAACGACUCGAAAAUGGUUAUAAGCUUACACAAUGCAUCAGAAAGUUUCAUAUCGUUGAUUCCUUCCUUAACUGAAAUCAAAACUGCUGAAGCUGGUAACCGAAGAGAAAAAAUUGAUGUCACAGUGACUUCAAAACCGCGAAUAUGUGCAGGAUUGCUUUUACGUGAAAUCAAGAGUUUCUGGCGUGUUGCCUUGUUGAUCUCCACAUUAUCAUACCCCAUUGACUUCGAUCGUGCUGAAGUUUCUGAAGACAAGCAGCUUGAGUUAGGCUUGCGCAGAAACUUGUUUACAACAGUUGAAAGUGCCAUUGUGAGACUAGGUCUCGAAAAUGUGUGGGAGAUGAAACCAUUGGUGAAUGGGAGGGAAAUCAUGACUAUUUUACAGCUUAAGACUGGAGGACCCCAAGUCAGUGAAUGGCAACAAAAAUCUCUCGAAUGGCAGCUUGCCGAUCCCAAUCGUACUUCCGAGCAAUGCCUUGAUUGGAUGCGAGAAAGUCAUUCAAAACGUUCAAAGUUGGGGUGACUGUUCAACUUGUUUGCAUUCUCAAUUUUCUACUUUCUUUGGUGAAACAGCGUGAGUGGGUGAACUCACGGGGUCAAAUGCAUACAAGAAUGCGGUAUAUCUUCUUUUUUGAUAAGAAAUGCUGUAUAGUUCUCACUCUUUUCUAAAAUUCUAUCAUACAGUAGAUGGUAGAUGAUGUAAAAUCUUGUUACUUCCCAAUAUGCUGAUGCUUCCUAUAAGAGAGAAUAUUCUGGCUGAUU